AGGGACCAAUGGCAGCGUAGAGGGUGAGUGCCUGCCCAGCCCUGUCCUCCAAAUGCAUUGGAAUCAGGCCCGGGCCGCCUCCUAAGGAGAACGCUGGAAAGGUCGGCCAAGGACAGCAGAAAACAAGCAGUGGAGGAGUCGGCAGUGGGGCAGAGGAGGGGGAGCUGGAAGGGAAGGACCCCAAAGCAGAAGCCCGCACAGUAGGCACAGCGCACCCAAGAAGGGUCCAGGAGUCUGCAGAAACAGAAAGGUCCCCGGCCUCAGCCUCCUAGUCCCUGCCUGCCUCCUGCCUGAGCUUCUGGGAGACUGAAGGCACGGCUUGCAGCUUCAGGAUGCGGGCUCCGGGUGCGGGCGCGGCCUCGGUGGUCUCGCUGGCGCUGUUGUGGCUGCUGGGGCUGCCGUGGACCUGGAGCGCGGCAGCGGCGCUCGGCGUGUACGUGGGCAGUGGCGGCUGGCGCUUCCUGCGCAUCGUCUGCAAGACCGCGAGGCGAGACCUCUUCGGUCUCUCUGUGCUGAUCCGCGUGCGCCUGGAGCUGCGGCGGCACCAGCGUGCCGGCCACACCAUCCCGCGCAUCUUUCAGGCGGUAGUGCAGCGACAGCCCGAGCGCCUGGCGCUGGUGGAUGCUGGGACCGGCGAGUGCUGGACCUUCGCGCAGCUGGACGCCUACUCCAAUGCGGUAGCCAACCUCUUCCGCCAGCUGGGCUUCGCGCCGGGCGACGUGGUGGCCGUGUUCCUGGAGGGCCGGCCGGAGUUCGUGGGGCUGUGGCUGGGCCUGGCCAAGGCGGGCAUGGAGGCCGCGCUGCUCAACGUGAACCUGCGGCGCGAGCCCCUGGCCUUCUGCCUGGGCACCUCGGGCGCUAAGGCCCUGAUCUUUGGAGGAGAAAUGGUGGCGGCGGUGGCCGAAGUGAGCGGGCAUCUGGGGAAAAGUUUGAUCAAGUUCUGCUCUGGAGACUUGGGGCCCGAGGGCAUCUUGCCGGACACCCACCUCCUGGACCCGCUGCUGAAGGAGGCCUCUACUGCCCCCUUGGCACAGAUCCCCAGCAAGGGCAUGGACGAUCGUCUUUUCUACAUCUACACGUCGGGGACCACCGGGCUGCCCAAGGCUGCCAUUGUCGUGCACAGCAGGUACUACCGCAUGGCAGCCUUCGGCCACCACGCCUACCGCAUGCAGGCGGCUGACGUGCUCUAUGACUGCCUGCCCCUGUACCACUCGGCAGGAAACAUCAUCGGCGUGGGGCAGUGUCUCAUCUAUGGGCUGACAGUCGUCCUCCGCAAGAAAUUCUCGGCCAGCCGCUUCUGGGACGACUGCAUCAAGUACAACUGCACGGUGGUUCAGUACAUCGGGGAGAUCUGCCGCUACCUGCUGAAGCAGCCGGUGCGCGAGGCGGAGAGGCGACACCGCGUGCGCCUGGCGGUGGGGAACGGGCUGCGUCCUGCCAUCUGGGAGGAGUUCACGGAGCGCUUCGGCGUACGCCAAAUCGGGGAGUUCUACGGCGCCACCGAGUGCAACUGCAGCAUUGCCAACAUGGACGGCAAGGUCGGCUCCUGUGGUUUCAACAGCCGCAUCCUGCCCCACGUGUACCCCAUCCGGCUGGUGAAGGUCAAUGAGGACACAAUGGAGCUGCUGCGGGAUGCCCAGGGCCUCUGCAUCCCCUGCCAGGCCGGGGAGCCUGGCCUCCUUGUGGGUCAGAUCAACCAACAGGACCCGCUGCGCCGCUUCGAUGGCUAUGUCAGCGAGAGCGCCACCAGCAAGAAGAUCGCCCACAGCGUCUUCAGCAAGGGCGACAGCGCCUACCUCUCAGGUGACGUGCUAGUGAUGGAUGAGCUGGGCUACAUGUACUUCCGGGACCGUAGCGGGGAUACCUUCCGCUGGCGAGGGGAGAACGUCUCCACCACUGAGGUGGAGGGCGUGCUGAGCCGCCUGCUGGGCCAGACAGACGUGGCCGUCUAUGGGGUGGCUGUUCCAGGAGUGGAGGGUAAGGCAGGGAUGGCGGCCAUCGCAGACCCCCACAGCCUGCUGGACCCCAACGCGAUAUACCAGGAGCUGCAGAAGGUGCUGGCACCCUAUGCCCGGCCCAUCUUCCUGCGCCUCCUGCCCCAGGUGGACACCACAGGCACCUUCAAGAUCCAGAAGACGAGGCUGCAGCGAGAGGGCUUUGACCCACGCCAGACCUCAGACCGGCUCUUCUUCCUGGACCUGAAGCAGGGCCACUACCUGCCCUUAAACGAGGCAGUCUACACUCGCAUCUGCUCGGGCGCCUUCUCCCUCUGAAGCUGUUCCUCUACUGGCCACAAACUCUGGGCCUGGUGGGAGAGGCCAGCUUGAGCCAGACAGCGCUGCCCAGGGGUGGCCGCCUACUACACACCCACCUGGCCGAGCUGUACCUGGCACGGCCCAUCCUGGACUGAGAAACUGGAACCUCAGAGGAACCCAUGCCUCUCUGCUGCCUUGGUGCCCCUGUGUCUGCCUCCUCUCCCUGCUUUUCAGCCUCUGUCUCCUUCCAUCCCUGUCCCUGUCUGGCCUUAACUCUUCCCUCUUUUUCUUUUCUUUCUUUCUUUUUUUUUUUUUUUAAGACAGAGUCUCACUCUGCUGCCUGGGCUAGAGUGCAGCGGUGGGAUCUCGGCUCACUGCAACCUCUGCCUCCUGGGGUUCAAGUGAUCCUCCCACCUCAGCCUCCUGAGUAGCUGGGAUUACAGGCACCUGCCACCACGUCUAGCUAAUUUUUAUAUUUUUAGUAGAGAUGGGGUUUCACCAUGUUGGUCAGGCUGGUCUUGAACUCCUGACCUCAGGUGAUCUGCUGGCCUCGGCCUCCCAGAGUGCUGGGAUUAUAGGCGUGAGCCUCUGGCCCGGCCUUUCCUUUUUCCUCUCCUCUCCUGCCGAGAGUGGAACACGCGUGUCCUGGGAGCUGCAUCUUGUGCAGGGUCCAGCUGCUCUCAGGGACUGCAGGAAUCAUCUCCCCUGGGCCCUGGACUCGGACUGGGGCCUCCCCACCUCCCUCUCGGCUGUGCCUUACGGAGCCCCGAUCCAGGCCUCCUGUGGCUGUUGGGUUCCAGAUGCUGCAGCUCCAUGUGACUUCCAAGCAGGCCCUCCGCCCUCCCUGCUGAAUGGAGGAGCCGGGGGUCCCCCAGGCCAACUGGAAAAUCUCCCAGGCUAGGCCAAUUGCCUUUUGCACUUCCCCGUUCCUGUCACAUUUCCCCAGCCCCACCUUCCCCUCCUGAUGCCCUGAAAGCUUCCGGAAUUGACUGUGACCACUUGGAUGUCACCACUGUCAGCCCCUGCCUUGAUGUCCCCAUUUAGCCAUCUCCAUGGAGCUCCUGCUGGAGGGCCCUGAACCCUGCACUGCGUGGCUGCCCAGCCAGCUGCCUCCUGUCCUGGGAGGAGGCCUCCUGGGUGUCCUCAUCUGGUGUGGCUACUGGAGGGUCCCACAGGAGAGGCAGCAGAGGGGUCAGGGGAGGUCUCCUGCCGGGGGUUGGCCUCUCAAGCCUCAGGGGUUCUAGCCUGUUGAAUAUACCCCACCUGGUGGUGGCCCCUCCGAUGUCCCCACUGAUGGCUCUGACACCGUGUUGGUGGCGAUGUCCCAGACAAUCCCACCAGGACGGCCCAGACAUCCCUACUGGCUUCGCUGGUGGCUCAUCUCGAACAUCCACGCCAGCCUUUCUGGGGCCGGCCACCCAGGCCGCCUGUCCGUCUGUCCUCCCUCCAGCAGCACCCCCUGGCCCCUGGAGUGGUGGGGCCAUGGCAAGAGACACCGUGGCAUCUCAUGUGAACUUUCCUGGGCACUGUGGUUUUAUUUCCUAAUUGAUUUAAGAAAUAAACCUGAAGACCGUC